AUGUACUCUUCCAGACGUGCUUCGUCACAGGCCGCCCUUGUUUCCGGGCUUCUCCUUUCUUGCCUGCCCCUUGCUAAUGGGCAUUAUGGCUUCCCCGUUGUCUUAAUCAAUGGGAUUACGUCAAAGUGGUGGGAAUUUGUUCGCCCGACCUCUCUAGACGCUCACGGGUAUCAGUGGUUCCCUGAUUAUAGUUGGGACUCGGAACCCAUGGUCUGCGGUUGGAAUGGAACAAAGACCGGCCAUGAAACUGGCAUCGCGAAGAUCGAAGCAGGUGGCGUUAUUGGGUUCCGAGCAUUCGCUGCUUCUUACAAUGCGGGCUUUGUCCCAGUACGCGAUUUUGAUGCUCAGAUUGAUGGCGUGGGUCACACGGGCCCGGGUCAGGCGUACAUGUCCAAAGCCCCUGGAGCUAUUGGGGAUUAUGAGGGCGAUGGCGACUGGUUCAAGAUAGGAACAAGCGGUGCGUCUGAUGGGAUGCACUGGGACUCGGAUCGUCAGCCCGAGAUGAACUUCACCAUUCCAAAGGCCACGCCACCUGGCCAAUACCUUGUGAGGGUCGAGCACUUUAACAUCUCACCUAUGCUCGGGCAGACGCAGUUGUUCGUCAACUGUGCACAGGUGGAAGUGUUGGGCUCUGGGGAGGGUGCCCCUGGGCCGACCAUCAAACUACCUGGAUAUGAUCCCGCUGACCCGGGCAUCUGGCUACCGCGCGCCAUGUAUAACCCAUACAAGCCGUCAGAGUUGCUCAAGAACUACAAAGGCCCAGGGCCGAAAGUCUGGACUGGUUGA